AUGCCGGUGAUGAUGCACUCCCCUCAUCUUCUCUCCGCAAGUCUAGCUCUAUCCGCUGCAAGCCUUACAUCGCGGGGUAUCCUUGAGGUAGAGGGAGUCUAUGUCACCCGAAUCGUCGAACAUCUACAGUCAUCCGGUCUGCCUCUUCUACGAUCGGCAUUGGCUCAAGGGCAACAGAGUGAGAUACUGAUAGCAACUUGUCUGAUUUGGUGUCUGGCGGAUGUUUUCUCAGGACAGCAAGGUAUGCUUCGUUGGCCGAUCCAUUUACAAGGAAUCAAGGCUCUUCUUCAAGGACGGCAAGACUACAAAGAUUUCGCUACGGGUGAUAUGGCGUUGAGAUCGGCUAUGGGGCAUCUAUUCAUGCUUUAUCGUGCUUUAGAAACGUUGCCUCAUGUACCAAACAUUUCUUCAGCCACGUCUGGACAGUCUACUCCGGGGUUUCUCAAGCCUUCCACCACCAAGUCGCAGAUCGACGGGUUCCUGGGCUAUAGUGAAGAGCUCCUCGAUAUACUGAGGCAAAUCAACAUGAUUGAUUUGAGAUCCAGUACACGCUCAGCAUAUGCGGAGGAUCUUCUUAACAAACUCAAUGCCAUAAUCAGCAGAGAUAUCAAAUCCCCACCUCAAGUAUCCAUCUCGUCCCUUUCGUCGCAGUCAGGUCGCGACUUUGCGCUGUGCAACAAAGUCUUUCAACAAGCGACAUUGAUCCAAUUAUACCGACACUUAUACGACCUACCAUCCUCCUCUGCGCCGAUUGAAUCUGCUGUCGAGACGAUCAAUGGAAUCAUCAGCAAAAUGGCGCAGGGCGAGCCCUGUAACACAUGGGUUGCAAUGGCGAUGCCACUAUUCACUGUUGGCUGCGAGGCGUACAAAGAGGCGCAAAGGACUUUUAUUCUUGACAAGAUUAACAAACUCGAGAUUUGCAUUGGUUCGCUGCACGUCAAGGUGAUGGAACAAGCAUUGAAAGAUAUAUGGAGAAUCAGGGAGGAAUGUGAAGAUUUCGAAGGGAACUUGUGUGCUGGUGCCUUGCUUGAAAAGUUGUCCUAUAACAUCGUGUUGUUUUAA